UUUCUCUCCACCUUUCUCUCUCUACUACACCCCCAAAAAUACAAGCCGCCUCCAAAAAUUUAGAGAAACCACCAUCAGAAAUUCCAAAAACCACCCCCAAAAGCAUGGAAUUCCUAGACUGGAAGUCCAUAGGUUCUCUCCUUGCUACUUUCAUGGUCCUCCGCACCACUCUCCGCGACUUCAUCCCCCCUGAAAUCUCCAGACUCUUCAAAAACUUCUUCCACCGCCUCUUCGCCGCUCUCCAGACCAACAUCUCCAUUAUCAUUGAAGAAUUCGAUUCCUCCUAUGAGAACGAGAUCUUCGACUCUGUAAAAUCCUACUUGAGCUCCAAAUGCUUCUCCUCUGCCAAAAUCAUCAAACUCUCAAAACCUAGGAACUCCAAGAACCUCACUUUCACCAUGGAUUCCAGCCAGAAGAUUGAAGACACCUUCGACGGCAUCCCAGUAAAGUGGUCCCUACAAGCCAUCGAGAAGAAAUCCAACAAAUAUGGAUCCCAAGAAUGUCGCUUCUUUGAAUUGUCUUUCCACAAGAAAUACAAAUCUCAAGUGCAAUCGACUUAUAUUCCUCAUGUGAUGGAAGAAGCAGCAAAUAUCAAAUUCAAAAACCAAGAGCGAAAGCUCUAUACUAAUCGAUCGGGGGAUGAACAUGGACGGAUGUGGUCGUCAGUUCCUUUCUCUCAUCCAUCUACUUUUGAUACAGUGGCAAUAGACCCAGUGCUGAAAGAACAGAUCAAAGCGGAUUUGAGGAAGUUUGUGAAUAGGCAGGAGUAUUAUAACAGAGUGGGUAGAGCUUGGAAGAGAGGGUAUCUCUUGUACGGCCCACCUGGAACAGGGAAGACUAGCUUGAUCGCUGCAAUUGCAAAUUUUCUGGAGUUUGAUAUCUAUGAUCUGGAGCUGACGGCGGUCAUGAACAAUUCGCAGCUGCGGAAGCUGUUGAUUGCGACAUCAAGCAAGUCGGUGAUAGUCGUGGAAGAUGUGGAUUGCACGCUCGAUCUUUCGGACAGGAAGAAGCAGUUUGGAAAGAAGGAGAGGGAGUGUGGAGAUUGCAGGCCGGAGGCAGAGGAGAAGAAGGGAGAGGAGAAGAAGAAUGGUGGGAGCUCGACGUUUAGCACAGUGAGCCUUUCAGGGGUGUUGAAUUUUGUGGAUGGGCUUUGGUCGUCCUGUGGUGGGGAGAGGCUGAUGAUCUUCACAACAAACCACAAGGAGAAGCUGGACCAGGCGCUGCUGCGAGCGGGCCGCAUGGACAAGCACAUCAACCUCAGUUAUUGUGAAUUCGAUGCGUUCAAGACACUAGCAAGUAAUUACCUGUACAUCGACGAUCAUGAACUUUUUGGGGAGAUUGAGGAGGUCCUGGUGCCGGCAAAGAUAACUCCUGCAGACGUGGCCGAGAUUUUCAUGAGCUGCAAUGACGAUAUUGAUUUGGGGAUGAGGAAUGUGCUGGAGGAGUUGAAAAGGAGGUUGGCUGCAGAGGAAUGCAAGAAGGAAAUGGAAGCUAUGGAGAAAGAGGUUGUUGAAGACAAGGAAGAGAGGGAGGAGGAGAUGGAAGCAGAUGAUGUGGGGAAGGAUCACAUAGAGUAGUUCAUCAAGCCAUAAUCUCCAUACAUGUGGUGUAUGUGUAUGAGAUCCAGACUGUUAAUGUGCCCCGCCUUAGUUAGCCCAUAUGCAGGAAACCACAGUGAUCAGAUGAUUCUAACCAUCUAUUGCAUGUUUUGAUUUCACCUGUUUGAUAAUUACUGUUGGUUGGAAUUUUUGAUAGCCUCCCAUUUGUAGUUCUCCGGAACCGCCUAAUGCUUGAGGCCCAAUUGAUGAAUGGUCUGGAUCGCCCACACAUGAGCCACAUAGAGGAGAUUGGGUGCUUGAUAAGUAAGAUAAUGUUACCACUGGGUCCUCCUAUCUUUUCCAAAGGGUCUGUUGCUGUUUGCCUAAAUAAUUUUAUCACUGGGUCCUAUCUUUUCCAAAGGGUCUGUUUUUGUUUGCCUAAUCUGCUGAUAUAGGGCCCAUUAGAUUAAUGGUAUGGAUCUACUAUGAUGAUUUAGUAACUGAAUUCAUGUUGAUCUUUUCCCACUCAA